GUGAUUAACGGUUUAAAUAAUUUUUUUUACAGAAAAUUUACAAAUGUUAAUAAAAUCAUAUGAGUAGGAAGUGUCAAUAAUAAAUAUUUAUAUGAAAAUAUACUAUAUAUCUAUGUCAAUAUCACAAAAAUUUAAUUUUAUACCAUAUAAAGUAAAUAAAAUGAUUGAUAUGAUUUAUUUACCAAAAAUGAAUGUAAAUAAACAAAAGGUUUGGUUUCGAUUUAUGCGCUUACUAUAAUUUAUAUACUUUUAUAUAUACAAAUUAUUUUUUAAAUAGAUGGCUUCUAAUAUGUUAAUUGAUCCUGACAAAUCCAGAAAUACACUUCUUUAAACCGAAGUGAUUUUUAAUAUUUGAAGCACUAUAUAAAUUAUUUCAUUCAGAUUAAAUAUUUUAGUCUUAAUUUUUAUUCCUAAAAAUAUUUUAAUGAAAUAUCAUGACAAGAUUUCAAUCACCUCCUUUUGAGUUUGUCGAAGAAUGAGAGAUUCUGUCAUUCGUCUAAUAUUUGUUUCUCCUUAAUAUCCUAUCUAGCUAUUAUAAUUGUAAGAAUGAGAUAUUUGAACUAUUUAUUAUUGUAGGAAUGUAAGAAUGAGAGAUUUUGAUCUUAGAUAUGUAUGUGGAGUGAUACUAAUUCUUACAGAUGUACAUCUUUUAAAAAUUGAUACUUUUGUAAUUCAUCGAAUUCACAAGAAAAGUUAAACAAAGAAACAAACUCAUAUCAGUGAAAUAGAAACGAGAACGAAAUCACAAUUUUGUAGAGGUAGAAAAUGAAAUCAUUUAUAGAGAGUCAAUAGUAAACAAAUCUAGAGCAGAAAACUUAAUCCCCUUUUGUCAUUUUACAAUCGAUGUAUCCUAUCUGAUUUUUGUGAUUUGUAUCAGCCGUAAAACUUAAUUUUUGUUUGUGCAUAUGAAGUCUUAAAGAUAAUUAAAAUGAGCUGUAAUAUGUUAACUCUUCAACGACGAUAAUACAUUUAAGAGACCAAUAUUCGUAUUCGUUAUUUUAGAAUCGAUAAAGAUUGUAGUGUUGCAAAAUGUUAUAACCAUUUAAUGUACAAAUAUUAGUAUAAAAACUCACUCCGCUCAUGCACGCGGAUUAUCAUCUAGUAUAUAUUGAAGAAGGAUUAAGUAAAAUAUAUGUAAGAGUAUGAUCAUAAAGUUGCAUAAUAUUACAUGCCAUAAAGUUUAGAUAUUAUUAAAUGUCCUACAACUUAUAAUUGGUCACAUUCACCAAUAGCAACUGCUUCAUCACACUUGGCUUAAUUUCACCUUGCUCCACCACGAUACGGUACUGCCAUAGUUCCGGGCGAAGAAUGGUUCGAAAACGACUUCGAAGCUGAGGAUACAGAUCGAUUAACUAGACUCUGUGGAUGUUGUUGAAUAGUAGUUGUUUGCGUCUCUGAAGGAACAUUGCUUCCCAUUUCUCUCGUGCAGCAGCAGCAGAUAUUCCCCAUGACUGAGUGAUGUAAGACUCUAAAAGUGGUGUACCUGUCCGGAUUUUAUACUAAUUGUGUUGUGUGGUUGGUGAAAAACAUUUGUGUAAAGUUUGACUUUGGCGGGAUUAUGUAUCAGUCAUAGUCAAAGUUUGCUUUUUUCUUUGAUAUUCUAAAUUUGUAAUAAUUUAAUUUUAGUUGAACAAAAAAAAAAGAAAAAAGUAUCUCACUACUUAUACAACAAAAUCUUUUCUUAAGAAUUUUAGAUACAUAAGAUCUUAGACUGGUACGAUCCACAAGGCAAGCUACCCAAACCAUUUAUUAAAACAUCGAGUUUAACUGGAUAUUUUAAUUUAUUUUUUCUUCUAAUAUAUAUAGAUAAAUAAAAUUGAUAUAAUUUUAUUGUAAUACUCAAGUUAUAAAUGAAGAAAAUCAAAAGGAUAUAAUUUUUAAUCAAAACUAUUGAACUUGAUUUCAAUAAACACAAAUACAAAUUAGUAUUUUAUAUACAUAAAAUGGAAGGAAAUAAAGUUAUAAACUAAUUAAGAAAUCAUUGUGAUUAUUUCAUUUCAAUACAUUUAUUUAUUUUAUUUAUAUAUAAUAUUUUACAGCCUAAUAUACUAUAGUUUUUUAUGUUUAUUUUGUUGGUUUGUAGUGAGACAAAAUUUAAUAGGGUCAAUAAUGUUUUGGGUUGGGAUCACUAUUGAAUCUAUACAAUUAUAAUAGAAGAUCCUUUUUAGGUCUCCUUCUAUUUUGCAAGUAUUUAAAGUGUCAUGCCGUUGCUCAUUUAAAAUAGUGUUGUUUGGAAACAAUAGUAAGUUAGGAAAAAAAAGUAAUGUGCUUAUGCUAUUAAAAAAAUUGAAAGUUUAUUACAUUAUGUUAAAAAGUAAUGAUUUUAUGUUACUUGAUAUACAUAUUCAAAUCAAAAUAAUAAUUUAUAAUUGAUUUAUAUCAAAAAUUCAUUCAAAAAUAUACAUAUAUUCAAAAUUUGAUUUUUACCAACAUAUUUUACAAUAACCAUUAUAAAAAUAUUUUCAAUAUAUAUAAGAAAAAUACAAUACAAAACUCAAUUUCAAACAUCAACUUAAAUUAUGGUUCUUAUAUUUCACAUUAAAAUUUAAAAAUAUAAUAUAUGUGAUUGUUUAUAUGAUUGUACGUAUAAAAUAUUAUUAAUUAUAAGAAAACUUAUUUGAUGGUACGUAAAAAAUACGAUUAGUUAUAUGAUAAAAUAUGUAACCUACGAUGACAUAUUUAUGAUAUAUAAUAGUGUUUGUAACCUAUGAUGACAUCUAUCUAAAAAAAAUGAAACCCAAACAGAUUUAAACCAAAUCCGAAUGAAUGGGUAUAUGAGCACACUUUUAACGAUUUAUUUAUAUUAAUAUAGGUGGGGAAAAGAAUGAACCAAAAUUCGUCAAACCCAAUUAACUCGAGCGGUUGACAAAAAAAAAAAAACUCGAACGGUAAAAAUAAAAAUAUAUAUUUACAGAUAAACCGAAUAAAUGUAUAUUGAAUGAACCCGAAAUUAAUUGAUUCGGUUGGUUCAAUACCAAACUCUAAACCGUAGACUACCCUAUCGAGUAUACACCAUAUCACAGCAGAUUACUAACUACCGUAACAGAAUCAUCCCGCUCAAUCUCGCACUUCGUCUUCUUCUUCUUGGCCACUCUCAGUUUCUGAUCGUCUCCACUCUUCCACGAAAGCAAGCUAUGAAGAUUCUCAAGUGCGAUCUCUUACUGAUUGUUAUCGCUGUAACGGUGGUGGUACUGAUGGCGCCGCCGACGAUCUCCGCCGCGAAGGUCGGAGUAACCUACUCCACUCCCGACUUCAGCUCUGGAUCCGUCGAAGUUUCUCCAGAAAGAAUCGUAGCAAAGAUCGUUUCUAUGGAGAUCGAGGCGGUGAGGCUUCUCGAUCCCAACCCGGAGACGAUUCGCGCCUUCGCCUCCACGAACGUAUCUCUCUUCCUCUCUGUUCCCAAUCCACUGGUCCCGAUGCUGGCUUCACAUCGUUCGCAUGCGUUCGAGUGGGUAAAGCUCCAUGUCCUUCCCUUCCACAAUCGCACCAAGAUCUCCAUGAUCUCCGUCGGAGACGACGUGAGUUUGGCCGAUGCUCCGCCGCCUCUGUUUCUCCUCCGGGCAAUCCGAAACGUCCGUCGAUCUCUUGUGAAUCUUGGAAUCGAAACGGUUUCUGUAUCUACGACGUUUUCAUUCUUCAGCAUCAUCCCAUCGCCUUUCCCUCCUUCGUUGGCGCGUUUCGAGAGCCCUAACGGAGACGUGAUCAUCAAGCCGAUUCUGGAGUUUCUGGAGAAAACUAACUCUUCCUUCGUGGUGAAACUAUACCCAUACUACAUAGACUCCUCGGUUCACUCGGGGUUUGCCUUUUUCGAAGAUCCGUUCAGCUACGUCGACGAUUCUUCCAUCAUCCAAGUUCGCUAUGGUAACCUAUUCGAUGUGAUGGUGGACGCGGUGGUGAGGUCUCUGGCAGUCUUGGGUCACGAGAGCCUUCCGGUGGUGGUGGCGGAGACGGGUUGGCCGAGCUGGUCCUCGAACUCUAGUGAGGUUUAUGCUACACCAAAGUGCAGUCAGAGAUUCCUAAAUGCUCUUGUUGAUCAUUUGAGAGCUGGAAAGGGAACUCCUUUGAGGAAAGAAGGCGUUUCAGAGGUUUAUAUAUUUGAACUCUGCGACAAGCAACAAAGCGAAAGGACAUGGGGUCUUCUCGACUAUCAUCUCAACACCAAAAUGAACAUCACUUUCUUCCUGGAUGAUAUACCUGAGAUUGAGAAGAAGAGUAUACAACUCAAUUACUUGGUUAUUGUAUGCAUGCUCUUUCUUGCUGUCAUUAGUACGGUUGCCACUCUGACCUGUUGCAGUAAUAUUGUUAGCGCUUGGAAGGGGACGCCAGCUAAGCGCGAGCGUAAGCAGAAGAAGCAAUACUAGACUAGUCUAGACUCGCAACAAAACUGAUGUUCAGUUGUACUUGGGAUAUUACACUUCAUUCUGUACACAUUUUAUCAUUUUCUUCCACCUUUUGUCAAUAAUGGUACUAUGUUUUUGAUGGUAUUAUCACCAUAAAAAUGAUAUACAAAUGGUUGUGACUUGUGAAU